AUGUCCGGGCGUUCGAUUUCAAGCAUUUCUUCGAAUCCAUCGACCCUCUGGUCGGGUGUCGUUUCCUCUUCCCUAAGAUUAUCAACAUCGGUGGCCGAUAUAUGUUCUCACAUCAAAUCCAUUCCCGAUGCCCAUCUACAUCCAAUCAAAGAGAUAGUCGUUAGAGAAGAAGAAGACGGUGUCCGACACGAGUUCCUACUUUUGCGGCUGGCGCAGCCGACUGAGGAAGAAUUGUGGAUGCGUCUAGAGAGAAAAGGGCCGACCAGUAUACGUGCGUUUAUGUCCACUAAAUGGGAAGCAAAUGACACAGCCACUUUCUCUGGGGAACGUGACUCUCUAUUGGAAGGAGCGAAGAGUGUCGAGAAGACGAGGAUCAUUUUUUACGCCCCACCUUCACUAAAGGACUUGCUCUGCGUCCUCGAAACACUCACAGACGAAUCGAAGUCUUAUCGAUUAUUAUCGGAAAAUUGUUACUUUUUUGCAUCUGUAGUCGCUGAAAACCUAUGCGGCCUGGCCAAAAGUGCUGAAUGCACUGAGCCCUUAAGAUGGCUUGAUCUUGGAAGUGAAGUCCGUCAAAAAAUUCGUCAAAAAAUCGCCUCAUGUAAAACCCAUUCUGUCCACCAUUUCGAUGCGGACUUAGGAAGCGGUGUCGCGGGUCAAGGUGCGGACCAAUUCAUGCUUCCACCACCCCCGUACCUACCGCAGCGCCCGCCGCUGCCGCCGCGGGGCCCACCACCGCCGCUACCACCGCGAGGCCACCGCCGCACCACCGCCACUACCGCCCCGGGGCCUGCCGCCUUCCCUCAUGCACGUACUGCCACCUGA